AUGGUUCCUAUCAUUACCACCUUUCUCGAUGUUUACUUUAUAAUUGAGCUGGGGUCAGAGGUGUGGAUCUAUUAUGCAGCGUGGCUGGCAGUAGACCUUACCUGGAUCCAGGUUUGCAAUGCAGAGGAAGCUUGGAGGAUUAUGAGAGCAGGACGUCGGAACCAGAGCUUCGCCUGCACUCACCUCAACCAAAACUCCAGCCGCAGCCACAGCAUUUUUUCCGUUCGUAUCCUGCAUAUCUGUCCAGAGGCAGACCCCAGUCGGGCCAUACACAUCAGCGAACUGACUGUGUGUGACCUGGCCGGAUCGGAGCGCUGCAAACAGCAGCGCAAUGGUGAGAGGAUGAAGGAGGCCAACAACAUUAACACUUCCCUCUUAACGCUGGGACGCUGCAUCACUGCUCUGAGGAACAAUCAGACUAACAGGUCUCGGCCCCCUCAAGUGGUGCCCUUCAGGGACAGUAAACUGACUCGGGUUUUGCAGAGUUUCUUUUGCGGCCAAGGAAGCUCCAGCAUGGUGGUGAACAUCAACCUGUGUGCCUCCAUCUAUGAUGAGACUCUCCAAGCCCUCAAAUUCUCUGCUAUUGCUACUCAGCUGGUGCACGGCCCAUCAACAAAGACCAGAGUGGCUUAUAUCCUGUCUCUGCUCCGCGAGCCAACAGCAAAGUCUAACAGCAAUACGGUGAUGGAGGAGGAAGAGGAGGAGAGUGAUGAAGAAGAUGAUGGCGAUAUCACAUUGUUAAAUACUGAGGCAUUGCUGCAGGCCAUAGAUGUCCUGAAGAGAGAGAUACAGCGUCAGCGGGAAGAAAAAGAAGUUCUGGAGAAAAAUGUGAGGGAGGAGGUGGUGUCUGAGAUGAUGGAGGUCAUCAAUGAAAUGCAGGAAGGCUUCAGAGAGAGCAUGGAGGCAGAGAGGGCUCUCAUGGAAGAAAGGAUGGAGGCCAAAACUAAGAUCCUGCAGAAGCACCUCAAGAGGUUCUACAGCCAGGAGCUUAAGGAGCGUGAUGAAGAGAUUGAAGCUUUGACUGCUGCUCUGGAAAAAAAGAACAAGAAAUCUGAGUCAGUGCCACAGGAAGACUGUGAGGGGCCUCGACGUUCACAGCGUCUUACUCAGACAGAAAAAAGCAGACUGCAAGCUGAGCUCAACCAGUGCCGUGCUGAGCUGCUCACCAAGACUGAAGAGCUGAAUAGUCAGAAGAUGCAGCUGGUAAUACCGGGUCCAACAGGUACUCUGACCAUUGCUGCUGACCGCAAGCUGGAGGAGAGUCAAAGGAACCUGCGACAGCUGCGUCUGGAUCUGCAGAGGUUGGGGGUGGACCUGCAGUCUGGUGAGAGAGCCUGCUGUCGAAACACAGGAGGGGAACGGCUGCGCCAGGCUUUGGCCGCCGCUGAUGAGACACUAAUUAAACAGGGCCACAUCCUGGUGGAACUCCAGAACUGUCUGACGCUGCUCAAGGGUGACCUGAGGCGGAAAGCAGAGAGCCUGACCCAGACUCAGUCUGCACAAGCACAGCUGCCUCCGUCAGCGUUUGCUACUCCCACUGCACCACGUUCAUGUAAGAAGAGAGGCUGCGGGAUCGCCGCAGCCAACACUGAAAACAAGCCUCCAGAAAAACGGCCUUUCCUCCAGUCUCUGUUCACGACUCGCACUCCGUCUCGUAAAUACAACACCCAUGGCAAUGACACUAGCGGUACUCCCUACUCGCAAAUCUUGCGCUCUCGCCAGCAAUCUCCACCCUUUAGUCCCACCCCCAACACUCCUGGUUUCAGACGCAAAUACUAAGCUGGUGGCAGCUACACAGAGGAUGUUCUUUGAGUCUAUGCAAAUAAAUAGCUGGUAACUUUAUUUUUGCUGUGCUGUAUAUGACGCUGUCAUACCAAAAACUGUUAAGCCUUGAGUUUGCAUGUUGUGUUUAACAUGUUUUAAGAGAGUUGCUCUAGGUUGUGGUGCUAAGUACAUGUUAAAAUCACAAACUACAGAUAUAUGGUUAAAUGUAGAGUGAGAUGCUCCUCUUUUGGGAAACAUUUUAUUAUAUUGGCCUCCCCCAACUGUAAAAAAGUUUUACACAAUAAAAACAUGAAAGUAACUGAGUGGUCUAAUUUCUUAUGAUUAAAAACUGACAUGUUUCAUGAAACUGGCGACAUCAAAUUUACUCUUCCAUGAACAUUAAGUAAAACUUGGACAAGACUUUAAUAUUUAAAGUAUUUACAAAAAAGCACAUACUUCCACCAAUGGCCCACAGUUCUGUUGGUGUAACGGAGCUGAAGUGUUGGUGUUAAAGUAAGGCUUUUUCAGUCAUCUUGGAGCUCCAUCAAGUGGAUAAAAAAUAUUAACAUGUCACUGACACAAGGUCAACAAAUUUCACCCCCAUAAUCCUGCUGAUAGUCAAGCAAGGCUGCAAAGCUCAUGGCCCUCUCACCUUGACUAUUUAGCUGCAGACGUAUUAAAAUAUGAAUAUGCUGGCAUAUGUCUAAAUUAUGGGUAAGUUAAGCACACAUUAAAGCACAUGGGUAUAUGUUGUAAUACGGUGAGGUUGUUCAAAAACUCAAUGCACAAUAUUUCUGAUACAUGCCAGCAGUAAGUUAUGUGAUUGUUGACAUUAAUUGUAAGUAACUCCAGCUGAAAUGUCAAUGUCCAGUGUAUCCAAUGAGAAACCUUUGAACCUACUGUUGUGUGCAGAAUUUUCAGCACCCCUGAUAAUUUUAAUGAUUUUUGCUUUAAAUCAUUGGUGGUCUGGAUUAGAAAUUUCAGUUAAAUAUAUAGCAGACGACCACAUUGAUAUUUGAGAAAUGACAGGUUUAUAGUAUUUACAAAACAUGCAAUUAAAAUUA